AUGUUCGAGGACGAUGCGGUCAUGGUAGACCGUCCCAACGCGCCCAGUCAGUACCUGCACUCGAUCUCCACAUACGUCCAAGACAUCAAGCGGGAAUUGCGGAAGCUGUCGAUUGAGAUCCACGACAAUCCUGAGCUGCAAUACAAGGAGUUUCACGCGCACAAUGUCCUUACCAACUAUCUCAAGGACCAGAAGGGCUGGCAUGUGACUCCCUCUGCGUACGACAUCAAGACCGCGUUCGUCGCUGUAUAUGAUAGUGGGAAGAGGGGUCCCGUGGUUUCAUUCAACGCCGAGUACGAUGCCCUGAAGGGCAUUGGGCAUGCUUGUGGCCACAAUCUCAUCGCCAUUGCAUCCGUAGGAGGGGCCCUGGCCACCGCCAGACUUGUCGAAGAGGAGUCCCUCGGAGGAAAAGUAGUCCUCUUCGGCACGCCCGCAGAGGAAGGAGGAGGAGGCAAGAUCAAGCUACUCAACGCCGGCGCCUACCGGGACAACAAUGUGGACAUAUCUCUGAUCUCGCACCCCGGCAUUUCGUCCGAUAGCGCUGUCACGCGAACUGCAGCAUACACCAGCUUCAAAGUCGAGUACUUUGGCAGAGAAGCUCACGCGGCCGCACGGCCCUGGGAUGGCAUCAACGCUCUGGAUGCAUUGAUCACUGCCUACAACGCCAUUUCUGUGCUCAGGCAGCAGACACAACCUGGCGAUAUCAUCCAGGGCCAGAUAAUAAAUGGCGGGCUUCGACCAAACAUUAUACAUGCGUACGCCUCGGGUAUGUUUGUGGUACGAUCCAGCACUCGAGCGCGACGAGAAGCCUUGAAGAAGCGGGUGAUGAGCUGCUUUGAAGCUGGUGCUACUGCAACCGGGGCCACCUUGAAUGUGACGCCAAAAGGAUCCUAUGAUGACCACAUGCCCAACAAGACUUUAGCGUCGAGUUUUCGCAGCGCCUUUAAUCACCUGGGAGGCGAAAUUCCAGAUCAAGAGAUUGACUACCUCACGGGGUCCACCAUGGCCAGUACCGAUCAAGGAGAUGUCAGCUAUGCUAUGCCGUCGAUUAGCGUACGUUCUUCUUCUUUGCAUCAGCUUCAUUGACUUACUGACCGCGGAAAUUUAGCCAAAUUUCUGGAUUCGCAGUGAGGGAGAAGACGGCAAGCAGUUGGGAGGCCCACAUACCCCUGACUUCGAAAGAGCAGCAAGGACUGAAGAAGCACAUGAUCUUGCCCUUCGUGUAGCUAUAGCAUUAUCAGCAACCGCUGUCGACGUGCUGACUGACGAAGACCUUCUUCGCCAGGCUAAGCGUGAGUUCGAGGAGAUGAAGCAACAAGACGCGGACCUGAUAGGAGCACAAUCAUGA